AUGGUGGGUGCACGGGACUCUCCCGCCCUCGGAGCCUCCAGCCGACUGCCAGGCCACAGGGACCGCGGCCAGUGCUGCGACCUCCGCCCUCCCCCGCGGCGCCUGUCUUUGGAACCUGGCGUCGCCCCCACCUCGCCCAUCGAACUAAUCGUUGACAAAAGUGGGAUAUUGGCAGACGAGUUGGCCAAUCAGAGAAGGUAUCGGAUCCUGAUCCGCCUACCCAAGCAAGAAGAACUCCAAUCCCCAGCAAGCAUCGCGCUGCCAGGCUGUCCCCUCCCCCCAACUCUAGUGCCUGAGCGGCUUGACCAGAGCUGCUGCAACUGCGGCAAGAGAAAAGUUCUUGGGGAACCAGAGUCUUCUGAAAAUUCUACUUCAGGACUUUGGUUUCUGUUAUUUAAAGCAGGUGUCACUAGUUAAAGGCAUCUGCUGAAAGAUUUGGAAGGGAAGAAGGUGGCUACUUGGAACCAGACCAACUAUAAUACAGAGUCACCAGCAGCCCUGGAAGAGGCCAAGAUCUCUUGCGCUCCUGGGAGCCCCGAAACACCCCCUGAGCCUUGUGACGCUGGUGGUUCCCUGCCCCUGACACCUCGGAUGGAGGGCCACUUGGAGGAGGAAGAUCCUACUGGGGCUGGCGGUGGCCUGGGCUGGAACAGUAGGGGUCCCCGGACCCACAGCCCAGGGAGCUGCUCGGUGGAGGCCGUCCUGGGCCGGAAGAAGCACCGACGGCGGCCAUCAAAGCGCAGGCGGCACUGGCGGCCCUACUUGGAGCUGAGCUGGGCCGAGAAGCAACAGCAGGAUGAGAGGCAGAGCCAGAGGGCCUCCCGGGUCCGGGAGGAAAUGUUCGCCAAAGGCCAGCCUGUGGCGCCCUACAACACCACCCAGUUCCUGAUGAAUGACCGAGACCCUGAGGAGCCCAACCUGGAUGUGCCCCAGGGGGCCUCCCACCCAGGCUCCAGUGGGGAGAGUGAGGCAGGGGACGGCGAUGGGCAGGGCCGUGCUCAUGGUGAGUUCCAGCAGAGGGAUUUCUCAGAGGCCUAUGAGCGCUACCACACCGAGAGCCUCCAGGGCCGCAGCAAGCAGGAGCUGGUGCAAGACUACCUGGAUCUGGAGAGGCGGCUGUGGCAGGCUGAGGAGGAGACAAGAAGGCUGCAGCAGCUGCAGGGGUGCACCAGCCGGCAGCCCUGUCGCCAGGUGGAGGAGCUGGCUGCCGAGGUAGAGAGGCUUCGCAUGGAGAACCAGCGGCUUCGGCAGGAGAACGAGAUGUGGAACCGAGAGCAGCCGCCACAAUGGAGAGCCAGGCACCUAGGGGUGCCCCUAGCCAGGUUGACCCAGGAAGAAGGUCCCAUUUCAUACACACUCAGGCCAGCUGGGUCUCAAGGAGGCAGGGGACAGAUGAAGACCACUCUGAGUACCCCUGUGCCCCCUGGGAACAGCUAAAAUAGGUUGAGACUUCCACCUUGUCAUUUCUACAAUUUAUUCUUUGAUGUCAUCUUAUUUUUCACAGAGAAAUUAAAUGGUUUUGAUGAGCUCAAAUGGGAGUGGCUAGGAUUGAUUUCACUAGGGUUGCUCUGAGAAUCAAAGCACAUUUGUCCCAGAGAGGUCUGGGACUGGGGUCCCAGUCUCCCCUUGCCCCAAGCCUGGGAGGUCAGCAGAUUCUGGUUUGGGGACCUACCAAGGUCUCCAGGAUGCCUGAAUUCUGCUCCGAGUGUCGGGAAGAAAUCAGACUGCUCUGAAGCUUUUAUAGAGGGGGGAGGUGGAUGGGGCUCAGUCAGGAGCCAGCAAGUUCAGCUGAGACUUGACUUAAGAUGCCGGAUCGCUGUGAGGAGCUGGGAGCUUCCCUUGGACGAGAGCGGGCUGGGAGUUGUGGAGAAGGCCCAAGUCCAGGGCUUCCUUCAGGGUUUGUUCCCAGGCCUCCUAUAUUCUUUCUGUCCUCCCCACAGUUUAGAGGGUGGGCUAGAAAGGUCUGGGUGCCUGUGUCUCCUUGUCCUUGACAGCCCCCCAUCCCCAGUAUCUCCCAGCCAG